AUGGCCCACGAGGCGGACUUUAAGGGACCUCGGAUUGCCAAGGCUCUCGCAUUGGCCAAGCAGACUGCGGAUAUCAUGGAUAGCUAUCCCGCGGAUGUAUCCACAAACCCGAAAUACCAGCCAUAUGUCAUUGGAACACUUCUGGAGCUCAGUGCUGCGCGUGCGUUGGAUGCAUUUGGUGGCAAGGAUGAGGCCAAUGAAGUCUUGAACUACGUGCGUAAGUUGAUUGCCUCUUGGCCUUUGGGCAAGUUUGAUGCCCCUGAGUCCGGCGAAUUUGAUGCGGCUCGUGUGGACCAAAAAUUGCUUCGCUCCGUUGCUGUCUACAAGGGAUUGAAGCUUAGCACAAAGAUUCAUGGAUUUGCCAAUGACAAGACUCUGCAAGGCGCCGUUGCACCUCGCCUUACUGAGAUGCAGAAGUAUAUCUCUAAGCAGUUGAAGUCAAUUCCUAAAGGAAGCUUCGAUUCGGUUUCGAGUGCUGAGCUUGCGAAGGCUCUUGUUGGGCAGAAAUAA